AAGCAAAAUAUUUUUGUGCUUAAUUUCUUAUCUGCCGUGUGUGAUAUUAUUAUUUACAUAUUUCAGAGGUCAAUUUUACAAUUACCUAGUCAUUAAAUAUUAGAUUAGAUUUAGAAAUUUGAUUAUACCUACCUUGCUUACCUUACUUGAGUUGACCUUGUUCAAUUUACAAGAUUCUACAGGUAGGCCCCUAUUACAGAUAAAAUUGAUUUAUAAAACCUAAAGCAUAUGUUUUCUGUGAAUAAAGUAACAAAGAAAAACAAUAUAAUAGUGCGUACCGCGUACCGCGUACCUAGUGCUCGAGCCUCGAUUACAACGUAUAAAUUUAAUGUUUAUUAUUCUUGCAACGUAUGUAUCUACGUUAAAGUCUUUGUAUUUCUAAUAAAUGUGUAUAAAUCCAAAUAAAGUACGCAAUGGUUUUUAAAUCGAUCUCUAUAAAAAAGAACAACUAUGAGUAUCCUUUGAACCUACGGGGCACCGCCGAACGGAACACUGAGCGUAUUUUGAGCUACAAAGCAGCAGCGGGCGCACUCGCGCUGCUGCUGCUGCUGCUGGGUGGCGCCGCGCUGCAGGGCGGCACCGCGCUGUCGGGCGGCACCGCGGGCCCGGUGGUGGUGUGCUACUACGGCGCGCCGGAGCCGAGCGCCGCGCGCGCGCUGCGGCCGGCGGACAUCCACCCGCACCUCUGCACGCACAUCAAUGUCGCAUUCGCUCAGAUUAGAGAUAAACAGAUUCACCUCGAGGAUUACCAGCGGCGAGUCAUUGCAGAUGUUGUCAAAUUGAAACAGAGCAAUCCCAAUUUGAAAGUGCUGCUGUCGGUGGGUGGCGCUGGCGCUCACGCCGGGUUCUCAGAGAUGGUGUUCAAUCACACCUGUCGGAAGACUUUCAUAAAGUCCGUCAAAUACACGCUGCGGAAUCUGUCCUUGGAUGGCAUCGAUCUGGACUGGGAAUUUCCCGCCGUCGAGUAUCGGAGAGGUCAGGGCAAACGGGAGAGACAGCACUUCUCCCAGUUGCUGAGAGAGAUCAGGAAGGAGUACGAGAGGGAGAGGCGCGACUACCUGCUGACGGUGGCGACGGCGGCGCCGCAGAUCAUCGUGGACGCCGCCUACGACGUGGACCAGCUAAACCUGUACGUGGACUAUGUCAACCUCAUGACGUACGACUUCCACGCGUUCAGCCCGCUGACGCCACUCACGGGGCUCAACGCGCCGCUGUUCGCGCGCGCGAGCGAGCAGCUGUACUGGGCCACGCUCAACAUUGACUACACGGUGCAGAUGUACCAGAGCAAGGGCCUCGACCCCCGCAAGAUUGUUGUCGGAAUUCCUACGUAUGGCCACACCUUCACUUUGGUCAACAGCGAGAACACUAAAGUGGGCAGUCCUGCACUCAGCUUUGGGAGUCUCGGUGAACUUGGUUUUGUCAACUAUCCAGAUGUGUGUGAGUAUAUAAAUAAAUUUAAAAAUGACUCUACUGUUAAAGUGGAAAAAGAUGCUAAGGUGCCAUACUUCUACAGGCACUCUGAGUGGGUCUCGUAUGACGACCCCGAGAGUGUGGUGGAGAAGGCCAAAUACAUAAGAAGCAACAAUCUGAGAGGCGCCAUGAUAUAUUCCCUGAACGCAGACGACUAUGACGGAGUGUGCCGUGGGCUGACGGGGAUGGGAAAGUUUCCCUUAGCUCAAAGCGUCAAGAAUGCCCUAGAUGGCACAUAAUAUCUGAAAACGCAAAAGAGAGAAGCCAGGAAGUCUUAGAAGUUUGUAAAAAGAAAUCAAACACUUGGCAAAAAGAAAUCAAAAACAAUCAACACUAUAGUUUACCUUCU